AUGUGGUCCUUGUUCGGUUUUGGCGGCUCGAAGCCAAACCCCCAAAAACACCCCAGAAAGAUCGCAGAGCCGGUAUUCAACGAAAAAGAAUGUUUUUUUGAGAACCCAGACAAUGUGGCUGACAUUUUGGCGCUCUCAAAACUCGACAUUUCCGGCUGCAAUGCCGUUUCGGAGAUAAGCACCGAAAACCUCACCCAAUGGGAACAGAAACUCAAGGCCGACCCCAAAAACCGGUUGGUGCAGAACGCGUUGGCCCACAACGACCUCACCAACGUGAUUGCCGUGUCAGGGUCGUCCCAGUCGUUGCGCAAUCGCUACUUCUUCAACUUGGAGAUAGAAACCAUCGGUUCGCCCUCUUACUUGAACAACCAGAAGAGCAGUGGCCGCUGCUGGAUAUUUGCUACGUGCAAUGUCUUGCGCACACAUGUGAUUAAGACCUACAACUUGGAUCCGGCCAGUUUCCAGUUGUCGCAGAGCUACUUGUUUUUCUACGACAAAUUGGAGAAGGCCAACUACUUUUUGGAGAACGUCAUCGACACGGCCGACGAGGACUUGGAGUCGCGGCUCUUGCAGGCGCUUUUCGCCGGCGCAGUGAGCGACGGCGGCCAGUGGGAUAUGAUCGUCAAUGUCAUCGAAAAGUACGGUGUGGUCCCCAACGAGGUUUUCCCAGAUAACGCGCAGGCCGUCAACACGGGUAAAUUGAACUACUUUUUGACCAACAAGCUUCGCGAGUAUGCGUUGGUGUUGCGCAGAUUGGUUAACGAGGGUGUUCCUAAAGCGAAGGUAACCGCCGCCAAAAACGCCAUGAACAAGGAAAUCUACGCAAUCAUUGCCUUGAACCUUGGAACUCCGCCCAAGCCCGAGGACUCGUUUACGUGGGAGUUCUCCGACAAGGCCGGAAAGCACCGUUUCUUCGAAACAUCACCAGUGGACUUCUACCGCACGCACGUCAAGUACAACGUCUCCAAACGGUUCUCUUUGAUCAACGACCCCAGAAACAAGUACAACGCGUUGUAUACGGUCGACAGAUUGAACAAUGUCCACGGCGGAAAGCCCAUUGAGUACGUGAACUUGGAUCUUCCCGCCAUCAAGGCUGCUGCAAUCGCCAUGUUGCGCAACAACGAGCCGAUUUUCUUCGGGUCCGACGUCGGCAAGUUCAACGACAAUGCCACCGGCAUUCUUGACACCGAGGCGUACGACUACAACCUCACCUUCAACACGUCCAUGAGACUUCUGAAGCUGGACAGAUUGAAGACGGGUUCUUCGGCAAUGACCCACGCAAUGACCAUCACGGCCGUGCAUUUGGACCCUGCCACUGGCAAGCCCAUCAGAUGGAAGAUCGAGAAUUCCUGGGGCGAUGCCGUUGGCGAGAAAGGAUACUUCGUCAUGACAGACUCGUGGUUCGACGAGUAUGUAUUCCAGAUCGUGACCACGGCCAAGUACGUCGACAAGGCUGUUGUCGAUCUUUGGAAGAGCAAGAAGUACAAUGUUUUGCCGUUCUUCGAUCCUAUGGGAGCAUUGGCUUGA